AUGCCCGACGGGUGGGAGAGUCGCGAGGUUCUGGAGCCGGCGAACGAUGACGGGACGCGAACAUUCGACGACGAGGGUGACCUCGAAGUGCUCCGGACAUGGCGUGCGAUGUGCCCUGAACUGCAGGGAAGGUGGCCGGAGGCUGCGCAACCGGAGGAUUGGCGAGGUGUAAAGUGGGAAAACGGCCGGGUGGUGGAGCUCGAGUUGGAAGGGUUUGGCUUGAUUGGAGCCUUGCCGGCUGAGAUUGGGCGCCUGAAUGCGUUAUCGACGUUGAAUCUCACGUCCAACAAGCUGAGGAGUUUGCCGGCGGAGAUCGGACAGCUCACGUCGCUGAGGAGGUUGGAACUCAGCAGCAAUCAGCUGACGAGCGUGCCUGCGGAGAUCGGGCUGCUCACGUCGCUGAGGCAGCUGCACCUCAUCUGCAAUCAGCUGACGAGCGUGCCGGCGGAGAUCGGGCAGCUCACGUCGCUGAAGGAGUUGUCCCUCGCUGGCACUGAGCUGAGGAGUUUGCCGGCUGAGAUCUGGCAGCUCACGUCGCUGGAGGUGUUGGAGCUCCAGAACAAUCAUUUGACGAGCGUGCCGGCGGAGAUCGGGCAGCUCACGUCGCUGAGGGAGUUGCACCUCGGCGGCAAUUGGCGGCUGACGAGCGUGCCGGCGGAGAUCGGACAGCUCACGUCGCUGCAGGUGUUGGACCUCAGCCGCAAUCAGCUGACGAGCGCGCCGGCGGAGAUCGGGCAGCUCGCGUCGCUGACGGAGUUGUUCCUCCACGACAACCAGUUUACGAGCGUGCCGGCGGAGAUCGGACAGCUCACGUCGCUGAGGGAGUUGCGCCUCGGCGGCAAUCAGCUGACGAGCGUGCCGUCGGAGAUUGGGCAGCUCACGUCGCUGAAGGAGUUGUGGCUUUUCGACAAUCGGCUGACGAGCGUGCCGGCGGAGAUGGGGCAGCUCACGUCGCUGAAGAAGUUGUACCUCCGCGAUAACCUGCUGACGAGUGUGCCGACUGUGGUACGCGAGCUUAGAGCGGCGGGCUGCACUGUGGGAUGGUAG